AUGCCGGAGGUCGUUCGAGGCAGUCGUGCCAGUUUUCAGAUUGACCGCAGUUUAAAUGCGUCGCAUGACGGAGCGGCUCCCUCGACUCCCGUGCGAGAAGCACGCGGCGUUCACUUUGGCCCAGAAAGCCCUGGACUCGGUCGAGAGGAGACCCCGACACAGGGCCUCAGAUCCGUCGAUACCGGACUCAGUACCCUAUCUGCCUCUGAGCGCAGAAAGAGCAGAGAACAAGCCAGAAGAGAGCGGAAAGCAGAGCCCGAAAGGGACGCAUAUUAUGACAGUCGUGCUGCGACCAAGAGGGAAUUCCGGAGGCGGGCGAGCACACUGCAAGAAUACUAUUCUCAGAAUCCCACGCUUCUGCCACAACUGCCCUUUACCUGGAGACACGGAUGGCGCAGAUGGAAAUUGUUCUUUACGAUAUUCAUAAUUGUUGUGGACGCCUGUAUCAUUCCCAUUGUCUUAUUCUACGCCAUGAAAUUUGCAGGACACGUCCAGGGCUGGAUCAUUUUUGCAAUCGUGGCGUCCAUCUGGGGCGGACCUACAUACGUCGAGUUCGCAGUCAGAAGCUGGCGGUUGUUCAAGAAUGAGAACUUCUUCCGGCCACUCGGCACCUCCAACCGAUGGGCUUUCGACAUCACCCACUGGAUCUCCGUCCUGACCAUCACGGCCGUCACCGCACUACUCGUUGUCGGCAGCGCCCCUCACAUUGUGUGGCUGCGCGUUCUUUCCAUGCCGGCCCCAGCGCUUCUAUUUUGCAUCGCAGGCAGCGUAUUCUUACUCACCGUGUGGAGUCUUGCCGGCUGGAAGGCCCCUUUCCGAAUCAGCUCUACCGAAAAGGGCGGCGUGGUCUACCCUGGAGCGUACUACCUAAUGGAGGAUGUCGUCGCCGUUAAUGCCAACGCCGGCAGACCUUUCCGUGAAGCCUUGGCUGCGCGGUAUAGAGCAAGCCCACGGUUCCGGAGGAUGCUCAUGGUUCAGUCACUGUUCUGGUCCAUUCCGGGGCUUCUGGUCGCCAUUGCCUGCACGGUGGUUGUAUGCAUCCAUCCUGUACCCAAGGACGUGGCUUAUGGUAUUGGCUGGGGCGUCCCCUUCGUCUGGGUCGGCAUCUGGGUCGCCAUCACCAUCCCCUGGGUUCGACGAGACAUGCACAAAGAAACCGUGACAUGGGAGGAAGACUGUGGGAUCGAACCUGGCGAAAAGCAUGCCGAGGAAAAGAAACUUGAGCCAACCGAUUCUGACCGCGAGACAGCAAAGGAGCCGGCACCGGAUCCAGAGCCAUGA